AUGCGCUCACACCGGGCGGUCAUGUCGAUGGCAGGAGAGGGAAAUGCAGCUAGUCGACCUUCGCAAGCUUUAACUCGGCGAGAUUGCGCAUCCACGUCAGCUGCAGGUCAUGCAGCUUCGCGCACUCGGAUAAGGUUGGGCAACGUGAAGAUCGAAUCAUUAAGCGAGGAGACCAAUGGGGCAAAAGCACCGGGUGAAUCUGUUGUAGAAGAAGCGGCGGCGACAGGGUGGUCCCCAAUGUUGGAAGUUGCGGUGGAAUUUAAAAGCGACGACACUGGCAAAGGCGGGUCGACCAUGGAUGAUGUAGACGUCGUAGUCACCUAA